CGGGCAGCAGGAGAAUGUGGCAGUGAUGUAAAUGCAAAGGUGAAGAAGAGCAGGAGCUGCUAGAACCACGCUUGGUACUUUUCCCACAAAUCCAGGCAAAAAACAUGGUCGUGUUGUGAUUAUGACUGACCAGAAGAGUCUUGGAGGAAGGGCUAUAGAGGUAAUUGGGAACCCUGUAGUGGUCACGCAUCCUUUCCAGGCUGAGAGAAUGAGCAGAAAUGAAGACCGGUAUAGUUCCUGGUUCAGGGAGCUACAGUCUUCACACCCAGCGAUUCGAGUUUUGGCAGCUCUUUGUGCUCUAGGACUACUUGGAGGUAUUACCAUAAGUGUAUGGUUCAUAGUCAAAUUGCUCUUAAAGCCUAUCUCAAAUAGUCCUACAGUGUUAGAGGACACCAAGGAGACUUCAUUCUGUAAUAUAUCAGAUGACAGCCCUGUGACUGACCCCAGGAAAGUGUUUUACAGAAUCAGUGCUGACAACUCUUUGCUAGAGAUCCAGCUGGAGAAACUGCAAACAUGGCUACCUGUGUGCUACGAACGCUGGAACUCUUCAUUAGGCACUCUUAUCUGUCGACAGCUGGGUCAUCUGAGAUUAACCAAACAUAAAGGUGUGAAUUUGACGGACAUCGUGCAAAGCUACACAGAUGGUUUUGUUCAAAUUACCUCAGAACAUCGAAGCAAAUUGGAACAUUUAUGGCAAUACAGGGGAAGCUGCAGCACAGGGAAAAUUAUAGCUUUGAAAUGUUUUGAUUGUGGCACCAGGGCAAAAGUGCCCAGGAUAAUUGGUGGUAUAGAUGCUACACUAGGCAGAUGGCCAUGGCAAGUGAGUCUCUACUACAGCAAUCGUCAUACCUGUGGAGGAUCCAUAAUAACAAGCCAGUGGAUUAUUACAGCUGCUCACUGUGUGUCCACCUACAGGCUGCAUCAGGUUUCCAGUUGGGUGGUUUACGCUGGGAUUGUGACUCGUAACGCAGCUAAAUUGGCUCAGUAUAUGGGCUACACUGUGGAAAAAAUUAUCUACAAUAAGAAUUACAAUCACAGGAGUCAUGACAGUGAUAUUGCAUUGGUGAAGUUGAGGAAUCCUUUGAAUUUUUCAGACACCAUAAGGCCAGUAUGCCUACCACAGUAUAACCAUGAACUACCAGGAGGAACACUGUGUUGGAUUUCUGGUUGGGGAUACACACAGCCUGAUGAGGUUCAUAUUCCUGAUACACUGAAAGAAGCUCAAGUGCCCUUGAUUAGCACAAAGAAAUGCAAUAGCUCUUGUAUGUAUAACGGAGAGAUCACUCCACGGAUGCUCUGUGCUGGACACACAGAGGGUAAUAUUGAUGCAUGUCAGGGAGACAGCGGAGGUCCACUGGUUUGCCAGGAUGAUAACGUUUGGAGGUUGGUUGGAGUUGUUAGUUGGGGAACAGGCUGUGCAGAGCCUAAUCACCCUGGUGUAUACACAAAGGUGGCUGAGUUUUUAGGCUGGAUUUAUGAGACAAUAGAGACUUCUUAA